GUUAUUUAAUUUUUUUUUUUAAAAAAAAAAUUAUUAUUACAAAAAGAAAAAUAUGCCUGCUACUCGUAAACACCUUCACAUUUCCAAACCACGUCGUCGUCAACGUUCUGUUAGUCUUACUACUCGAGCUUCACGUUGUGGUGUAAAAAAUUAUGUUAAUGUUCUUAAAAGUGUACACCCUUCCGUUGAAACAUUUUUUCCUGUAACAAAACAAUAUUUACAGGAAUAUAUUGAUGCGAAGAAAAAGCAAGGUACUAUUAAAGCCAACUCUCUGGACCAAUAUUUUCAACAUAUUGAAAGUUAUAAUAUGGCACUUGGUCAUGGUUGGGAUUCUCAAGAAUUUGAACCUAUGAUGCGUGAUGUAUUGGAAGAAUUGGUUCAAAGUGAAGAAAGAUCUGGUAACCAACGAAAGACAACUACAUCGACUGGUGAUGAUGAUGAUGAACUUUUUAGUCAAGAUGGCGCAAAUGGUAUCUUCAUCUAUACAUUUUUUUUUAUCUAUACAAUCCAUACAAUCCAUACAAUCCAUACAAUCUAUACAAUCUAUAUAUUUUUUUAUCUACACAUUUUUAUCUAUACAUUUUCUUUUUCGAUUCUUUUUUUUCGGUUCUUUUUCUUCAUUCAAUUUCUUUUCUUUUCUAGUAAAAAAAGGUAACCCAAAAAAAGUUUAUACUAAAAAAUUUUUUAUAUUAAAUCUUUCUUUUUUUUUUGAUCAAAGACCCAUCAUUAAUCCAAGUUGUCUGCUUUGAGA